GUACUUGUCCUUUCUAGGUUUCGGUUGUAUUUCUGUGCUUGAACUACCUGCCCCGCUAAUCAUUUUGUUUCUAGCCUUAUACGAUCUCCAACCCGGGGAAGACAGACACAAUUCUGACAGGGCUGAAACGGGUUGUGUCGAGUCAUGGCAUUCAGUAAAGGUUAUCGUAUUUAUCAUAAGCUGGAUCCACCUCCAUACAGUGUGAUUGUGGAGACCAGAAAUCGAGAUGAAUGCCUGAUGUUCGAGUCUGGAGCUGUUGCUGUACUGUCGGCGGCAGAGAAGGAGACCAUCAAGACAGCGUACACCAAGAUGCUGGAUGCUUAUGGGAUCCUGGGAGUUCUUCGUCUUAACCUUGGGGAUUCUAUGCUGCACAGCCUGGUGGUCGUAACAGGCUGCAGUUCAGUGGGAAAAGUCCAGGAUUCAGAAGUUUUUCGCGUAACAGGCACUGACUUCGUCUCUCUGAAAAACGACCCCUCGGAUGAGGACCGCAUCUCUGAUGUCAGGAAAGUCUUAAACUCUGGUAACUUCUAUUUUGCCUGGUCCUCCACCGGAGUGAGUCUGGACCUCAGCUUGAACGCGCACCGCAGAAUCAGAGAAGACACAUCUGAUAAUCGUUUUUUCUGGAAUCAGUCCCUCCAUCUCCAUCUCAAGCAUUAUGGGGUGAACUGUGAUGACUGGCUACUGAGGUUGAUGUGUGGCGGAGUGGAGAUCCGCACCAUCUACGCUGGGCACAAGCAGGCCAAAGCUUGCGUGAUCUCUCGGCUCAGCUCAGAGAGAGCAGGCACGCGUUUUAAUGUCCGAGGCACAAAUGACGACGGCCAGGUGGCCAACUUUGUGGAGACUGAGCAGGUUAUUUUCCUUGAUGACAAAGUAUCCUCCUUCAUUCAGAUCCGAGGGUCAAUACCUCUGUUCUGGGAGCAGCCAGGAAUUCAGGUGGGAUCUCAUCGUGUUAAGCUGUCCCGUGGUUUUGAAGCAAACGCACCGGCUUUUGAGAGGUAUGGGACCAUUCGUUCCAAUUGUCUCGACUGCUUGGACCGAACAAACAGCGUCCAGGCCUUCAUUGCGCUUGAGAUGCUUCCAAAACAAUUGGAAGACAUGGGUCUGACCGAGAAACCUCAGCUGGUGGCACGUUUUCAGGAGGUUUUCCGCACCAUGUGGUCCACCAAUGGAGACUCGAUCAGCAAGAUCUACGCAGGCACUGGUGCUCUGGAUGGCAAGGCUAAGGUACAUGUCGGCUUGUAAAACACACAAACGGUACAGCACAAAAGGCACCAGAGAGCAGAAAAACGGGUGUUUCUGUGCCAUUUUCACGCUUCUCUUCCCCUCUUCCUUUGUUCUUUCUUUUUCUCCUUAAUGCUUACAAUGUUAGUCUCUGAGCCCAUUUUACAGUCAGCCUCUCCCAGAGUGCUUCUGGGCAUGUGUCAGAACCACUUCAAGUACACACGUCCCAAAAAGAUCAGAGUUUGUGUGGGUACGUGGAACGUGAACGGGGGCAAGCAGUUCCGCAGUAUUGCGUUUCGUAACCACACGCUCAAUGACUGGCUCAUGGAUGCCCCUAAGAAGGCCGGCCACCCAGAAUUCCAAGAUGGAAAAUCCAACCCAGUGGACAUCUUUGCUAUUGGCUUUGAGGAAAUGGUGGAGCUGAAUGCUGGAAAUAUCGUCAGCGCAAGCACCACUAAUCAGAAGCUGUGGGCUGCAGAACUGCAGAAGAACAUCUCACGAGAUCACAAGUAUGUGCUGCUGGCCUCAGAGCAGCUGGUGGGUGUCUGUCUGUUCGUCUUCAUACGCCCUCAGCAUGCACCAUUCAUCAGGGACGUUGCUGUGGACACAGUAAAGACUGGAAUGGGCGGAGCCACUGGUAAUAAAGGGGGUGUGGCUAUACGCCUGCUCUUCCACACCACAAGCAUCUGCUUUGUGUGCUCACACUUUGCCGCCGGCCAAUCACAGGUCAAAGAGAGGAACGACGAUUACAAUGAAAUUGCACGCAAACUGUCCUUCCCCAUGGGCCGGCUCCUGUACUCCCAUGAUUAUGUAUUCUGGUGUGGCGACUUCAACUACCGAAUAAGUAUUCCUAAUGAAGAGACAAAGGAGCUGAUCAGACAGCAAAAUUGGGAUGCACUGAUUGCUGGAGAUCAACUGGUAGAGCAGAAGAAUGCUGGACAGGUUUUUAGAGGCUUUAUUGAAGGGAAGCUGGAUUUUGCCCCCACUUACAAAUAUGACCUGUUUUCUGAGGACUACGACACCAGUGAGAAGUGCCGCACACCAGCCUGGACUGACCGUGUGCUGUGGAAGAGAAGGAAGUGGAACUUUGAUAAAACUGCGGAAGAGUUGGAGUUGAAUGUAGUAGGAGCCCCAGUGAAUGAGGAAGAUCAGUACCCAUGGAGCCCUGGAGAGCUCAAAUAUUAUGGUAGAGCAGAGCUCAAAACCUCUGAUCACAGGCCUGUGGUGGCCAUCAUAGACGUGGACAUACUUGAGGUGGAUCCAGAGGCCAGACAUCAGGUGUAUAAGGAAGUGAUCGCCCUGCAGGGUCCACCAGAUGGCACCAUCCUCGUCUCUCUCUGCACGUCUGGUCCUGAUGACUACUUUGAUGAUGCACUGAUUGAUGACCUGUUGGACAAGUUUGCUCAUUUUGGCGAGGUUAUUCUUAUCAGGUUUGUUGAAGAGAAAAUGUGGGUGACAUUUUUGGAGGGAUAUUCUGCUCUAGCAGCUCUAUCUUUGAGCGCCUCUACUGUGAAUGGUAAGACCAUAGAUAUCCGUCUGAGGAGUCCAGGUUGGAUAAAGAGUCUAGAGGAGGAAAUGAGUGUGGAGAGAAUCUGCGGCAGCAUCCCAACAUCCACCAGCUCCACCCUGCUGGCAGAAAACUCUGACAUGGGAGAAGAGUAUGACAUGGAAGGUGAUGUGGAUGAGGAGAUUGAGGAGAUUUUACCCCAGCACCUGCAGCCUGGAGCAGGCAUGGAUCUAGGCGCGUCCCCUGCCACAUCCCCAAGCACCAGCCCCUGCCCCUCUCCUACCCAUGGAGAACCUGCACCCCCCAUCCGGCCCAGCAGAGCCCCUCCACGCACAGCUGGACCACCACAGGGAGGAUUAAGCCCAGCAUCCAUUAGAAGGGAACUGGCAGGUUCUCCUGUUGAUGGUCAGCCAGCUGGAGCUCUCUCUUCACAUGGACUAGAGCCAAAACGUCCCCCUCCUCCACGCCCCAACGCCCCACCAGCCCGACCUGCACCUCCGCAGCGCCCACCACCACCCUCAGGAGGCAGAAGUCCCACACCUGUUAGGAAAGAUUCAGCAGGCUUUGCUGAGCCUCUCGAUCUAGAGUUUGAUGUGACUGAUUAUGAAGGACAAAAAAGCCCAGCAUUAGCACGUUCAGAUGCAGCUGGUAGAGGUCAAGCCACCGGAUCAGCCCCUGGAGGCGCCCCACGGCCGAUCCCACCUCGAGCAGGAGUCAUCAGCAUCCCUCCUCAGGCUAGACCUCCUCCUCCUGCUCAUUCUGGGGCCCCCAGACCCAUAGCAGAGGUGCAUCCUGGGGCCCCACGGCCCUCACCUGAUAAUCACCCUGGAGCUCCAAGACCCAUUCCUGAACCCCAAAGCAAACCGUCUGAACUCCCUCUGGGUCCACCCUCCACACUGCCAGGUCCCAUGAGGCCUCAGAUGACAUCACCCAUGCAGCCCCAGUCCGUGUCGCCAAUGCAGCCUCCAGUGCAACCUCAACUGCCCCCACCCAUACAAGCCCAGCUCCCUCCACCAAUGCAGCCCACCUUCCCUGCCCCGCUGAUGCCUCAGCCUGCUCCUCAAGCAUCUGCUGGAGCCGCUGCCACCUCUCAGCCCGGACUGGCAUCUCCCAAGCCUCCACCCCGGAGCCGGUCCUCUCACGCACUGCCACCUGAGUCUGCUCCUGCUCCUGCUCCUGCUCCUGCUCCUACAUCUCAGGCCAAGGUCAUGAAUGGAGUCCAAAGAGAAGCACAAUGGAAUCUAGACCCCUUCGACAUGCUUAACACCCAGUCCCUCUUCCAAAAUUCACCGUUCUCCGCUUCCCUUCCUUGCUCCUCUUCCUCAUCUACCCCCUCCCCUUCUUCUUCCUCCACGUUACCCAGUUCCCUCUCCCUGUUCUCAGCUCCGGACACCAGCAGCACUCCAUGUCUCCUGCCUCCCCCUGUUCCCUCCCGCAGCAAAUCCCAGGAGACCCUCCGUUCAUCCCCCAAUCCAUUCCUCACAGAAGCCCAACCCAGACCCAACAGCACCAACCCUUUAACUGGCAACUCGUUGUCCUCCCCACGCCGAUCGCUCACGCCCGAUUUCUACACCCAGCAGCAGGCCCAAGAGGCCAGGUCGGGCCUCAACAGGGCCAUGUCAGCUGUGGUUCACAGUUCAACUCUUCCACCGUCGUUCUCCAGACAACAAUCAUUAGUUCCUGGUCCAGCAGCAGCCCCAGCCAAACAAACCCAAAAGUGGGUCACAUUCGAUGACGAUUCAGACUUCCUUUCAAUGAAGGCUCCAUCCGCAGGUGGGACCGGCCCUCCGCUUAUACCCACAGUCUCAUCCGUUCCCUUCCCACAACCCCAGAGCAGCCUCCCCAGCUCAGGCUUUGGCAUGGACAGCAACUGGGCGUCACUUCCCACUUCAACGUUUCCCACAAUCCCUCCUCCGAUCCGAACCAGGACUAAUACCAGCAUCAAAAACGCCCACAUCCCUUCCAGAAACGAAUUCACAGAGAGAUGAUGCAGCGGAGAACGUGUAUGUAAAAUACAGAGAAAAUAUUAUUGUGUAUCUAUAAUACGAGUAUGGUUUGUAUAAUAGCGUGGUGUUGGAAGUGUUGACCCGUUUGUCCGAAAUAAAUCCAACAGUUUUUUUUAGCCCAACGUAGAUGGGAAACCAAGAGGAAAUCAACACAGUAUGUUAGUAUAUUUUCAGUUUUUAAAAUAAUGGGCAAAAAACCUGUUAUUUGCGUAUUAACCUGCAUAUACACACAUAUGUGUGUAACAUUUUACACUUCAAUGGCCAGAUUUAGUUUAUUAUACAUUAGGCCGAAGAUUUAAGCUACAUGAUCAGAUGUAAAAAAUUUACAAAUAUUAAAUUAUAUAUCUCAUUGCGAUUUCAAUUUCAUCCUCUGCUUACCCUUAUGUUCUUGUAUGUUCCACAGAAGAAAGAACAUUAAACAGGUUUGUAAAGACAUGAGAGUGAGCAAUUUUUGGUGAACUAUCCCUUUAUUCUGUAACCCAAUGCAAAUAAGAAAACUUGUUAUUAUCAAACGCACAGAUUUAAAAUGCCUGGCUGUGUCUGACGUGUUCUACGCCAUCAUAUCCGUAAAAUGGGCUUGACAAGAGAUACUUGUUUGUUGUUAAGCUCAUUAUGAAUGUGUCUUUUACCUGUUUCUAUUGCCUACAUUUAGGUUCAGAGCCUGCAGCAGUAACUGUUGCUCUGCUUUUCUGCAUACUCAAUUUAAGAGUCUUUAUUUUUCUGGGUGUUCACGCAAAAGACCCCCCCCCCCUGUAGCACGCCCGAUGUGCUUAGCUUGUCGAAAUAUAUCUUCUAUACAUAUUCAUAGUGAUUAUAUGUCUUCCUAGUGGGGAAAAAUGUAAAGUAGUUCUGAAUUGUGAUUAUAUUUACAGCAUACACAUGCCAUAUCUAAAGUGCACUGAAGAGCUCUGUCCUCUAGGCUUUCAAACACAUUUCGAGUGGAGCAUGAGGGUCACAGCGGCUCCUCUCAUUCAUCAACACUGUAUAUACAUGUGCUUUCAGUUCAUCUGAUCCAAAGCUCACGGCAGAACUGCUGUAUUAAACAUGUGUUGUGUGUGUUUGAUUUGGUGGGUUCCUCCUUCAGGAUUUUGGUCAUGCUUUCUUUUGUGCAAUGUGUACUUAUUUGCUCAAUGAAAUCGUGUUUUUUAAUUUCGAUGAACAG